AUGGCCACCAAGGAGGCCCUAAUGAGUGUGUCAGCUAUGAGGGGCAUGAAGAAGCUGUGCUGCUACUGGCCUGACACUGUGGAGCUGGACGAGAUCUGCCAGCUGCCAUUCCAUUGGCUGGUGCGGGAGAUUGCUCAGGACUUCAAGACCGACCUGCACUCCCAGAACUCCCCAGUCAGGGAGCUGCAAGAGGCAUGUGAGGCCUACCUGGUGGGUCUCUUUGAGGACACAAACCUCUGCGUGUUCCCCUCCAUGCACGGCACCACUAUGCACAAGAACAUCCAGCUGGCAUGCCACAUCAGUGAACAGAGAGCAUAA